CCUCCCUAAACCCCAUCCCCGUGACGCGACGCGAGGGAUUCCCUUCCAUUUCUGAGGCGGCUUCUCUUGGGUGGCGUCACGAGGCGGCGCCGCUUGGAGAGAGAGAGAGGGAGAGAGAGGGGAGCGGCGGCGGCGGGCAACCAUGUGUGGCAUCCUCGCCGUCCUCGGCGUCGCGGAGGUCUCCCUCGCCAAGCGCGCGCGGAUCAUCGAGCUCUCCCGCCGGUUACGGCAUAGAGGCCCUGAUUGGAGUGGUAUACACUGCUAUCAGGAUUGCUAUCUUGCACACCAGCGGUUGGCGAUUGUUGAUCCCACAUCUGGAGACCAGCCAUUGUACAAUGAGGAGAAAUCCGUUGUUGUGACAGUGAAUGGAGAGAUCUACAACCAUGAAGAGUUGAAAGCUAACCUGAAAUCCCAUAACUUCCAAACUGCUAGCGAUUGUGAAGUUAUUGCUCAUCUGUAUGAGGAAUAUGGAGAGGAAUUCGUGGAUAUGUUGGAUGGGAUGUUCGCUUUUGUUCUUCUUGACACACGUGAUAAAAGCUUCAUUGCAGCCCGUGAUGCUAUUGGCAUCUGUCCUUUAUACAUGGGCUGGGGUCUUGAUGGUUCGGUUUGGUUUUCAUCAGAGAUGAAGGCAUUAAGUGAUGAUUGCGAGCGAUUCAUAACCUUUCCCCCCGGGCACCUGUACUCGAGCAAAACAGGUAGCCUAAGGAGAUGGUACAAUCCACCAUGGUUUUCUGAAAGCAUUCCCUCCACCCCGUAUAAUCCUCUUCUUCUCCGACAGAGCUUUGAGAAGGCUAUUAUUAAGAGGCUAAUGACUGAUGUGCCAUUUGGUGUUCUCUUGUCUGGUGGGCUUGACUCUUCUUUGGUUGCAUCUGUUGUUUCACGGCACUUGGCAGAGGCAAAAGUUGCCGCACAGUGGGGAAACAAACUGCAUACGUUUUGCAUUGGCUUGAAAGGUUCUCCUGAUCUUAGAGCUGCUAAGGAAGUUGCAGAUUACCUUGGUACCGUCCAUCAUGAACUCCACUUCACAGUGCAGGAAGGCAUUGAUGCUUUGGAGGAAGUCAUUUACCAUAUUGAGACAUUUGAUGUAACGACAAUAAGAGCAAGCACCCCAAUGUUCUUGAUGUCACGUAAGAUAAAAUCUUUGGGUGUGAAGAUGGUUCUUUCGGGAGAAGGUUCUGAUGAAAUAUUUGGCGGUUACCUUUAUUUUCACAAGGCACCAAACAAGAAGGAAUUCCAUGAGGAAACAUGUCGGAAGAUUAAAGCCCUCCAUUUAUAUGAUUGCUUGAGAGCGAACAAAUCAACUUCUGCAUGGGGUGUUGAGGCCCGUGUUCCAUUCCUUGACAAAAACUUCAUCAAUGUAGCUAUGGACAUUGAUCCUGAAUGGAAAAUGAUAAGACGUGAUCUUGGCCGCAUUGAGAAAUGGGUUCUCCGCAAUGCAUUUGAUGACGAGGAGAAACCUUAUUUACCUAAGCAUAUUCUAUACAGGCAAAAGGAACAAUUCAGUGAUGGUGUUGGGUACAGUUGGAUUGAUGGAUUGAAGGAUCAUGCGAACGAACAUGUAUCAGAUUCCAUGAUGAUGAACGCUAGCUUUGUUUACCCAGAGAACACACCUGCUACAAAAGAAGCCUACUAUUAUAGGACAAUAUUUGAGAAAUUCUUCCCCAAGAAUGCUGCUAGAUUGACAGUGCCGGGAGGUCCUAGCGUGGCAUGCAGCACUGCUAAAGCUGUUGAAUGGGAUGCAACCUGGUCCAAAAACCUUGAUCCAUCUGGUCGUGCUGCUCUUGGUGUUCAUGAUGCUGCAUAUGAAGAUACUCUAGAGAAAUCUCCUGCCUCUGCCAAACCUGUGUCAGAUAACGGCUUUAGUCCGGCCCUUGGGGAAAGCAUAGUCAAAACCGUUGCUUCAGCCACUGCCGUUUAACUUUCUAUGGUCGCAUAAAAUGCUGUUGUUUGUUCUAACAAAAGCUGUAGUUUGUUGGUUUAAUUCCAGCGUCGUUCAGAUCUUGUUAGUUUCUUAAAUUAUCUAAUGGGGACAUGAUGCUUUUCCUGGCUUGUUAGUUUCUGUAUGCUGGUCAUCAUGUAUGUUUUCUUCCUUUUUCAAUAUGCAAACUGUUUUAUCAUCUCUUGUAAAUAUGUCGACUGAUACCCUCAAGUUGCUUUUGGUCUG